AGUCUGCGCUAACAGAAAAAGAGGAGGUUCCCGAACAGAGUCCUUUAUUUAUUUCUUUGUUUCCAGCGGGGGAAAAAAUAAUAACAGCGACAUUUAAACACAGGCAUUUAAUUUAUUAUAUUUGUCCGAAUACACAAGAAAACUGGAUAAGAUUACAGUGGUUACUCGAAGGCCAAAGCCAAGGGGAGGAGGAUGAAGCGGCGCAAUGCGGACUGCAGCAAACUCCGACGGCCGUUAAAACGGAACCGAAUCACUGAGGGUAUAUACGGCAGUACCUUCCUGUACCUGAAGUUCCUGCUGGUGUGGGCACUGGUGCUACUGGCAGACUUUGUACUGGAGUUCAGGUUUGAGUACCUCUGGCCAUUCUGGCUCUUCAUCCGGAGUGUGUACGACUCCUUCAGAUACCAGGGGCUUGCCUUCUCGGUAUUCUUUGUGUGUGUGGCGUUUACCUCGGACAUCAUUUGCCUCCUCUUCAUCCCAGUGCAAUGGCUAUUCUUCGCUGCCAGUACUUAUGUAUGGGUGCAGUAUGUUUGGCACACAGAGAGGGGUGUCUGUCUCCCGACCGUGUCGCUAUGGAUACUCUUUGUGUACAUCGAGGCGGCCAUCAGAUUCAAAGACCUGAAGAAUUUCCACGUGGACCUGUGCCGUCCUUUUGCUGCACACUGCAUCGGCUACCCGGUGGUCACGCUGGGCUUCGGCUUCAAAAGCUACGUGAGCUAUAAGAUGCGCCUUCGGAAGCAGAAGGAGGUGCAGAAGGAGAAUGAGUUUUACAUGCAGCUUCUGCAGCAGGCCCUGCCUCCAGAGCAACAGAUGCUUCAGAGGCAAGAGCGAGAAGCAGAAGACGCAGCAGUAGCAGCAGCAGCAGCAGCAGCAAAAGGAAUAUCUGAAGUAGAAACGCCUCCAGUGUCACAGAACGGCGCCCCGGCCAAUAAAAAGACAUCGGCGUCACUGCCGGAGUUAGAGUAUCGGGAAAAAGGGAAAGAGGGAAGGGGCGGCGGCGGGGACGCCAAAAAGCAGCACAACAGCAUCCUGCCAUCGCCUGUGGACUCUAAACUCCAGGAGAUGGAGUAUAUGGAGAACCAGAUGAACAACAAGAGACUGACCACAGAGCUGGGCAGCACGGACAACCUGUUGCUCAAAGAGGACAACAACUCCUCUUGCUCCUCCUCGUCCUCGUCCUCCUCCAAGAACUACAAGAACGCCGCGGCGCUCAACUCCUCGCCCCGCGGCCACAGCGCCACCAACGGCGGCGUGCCCUCCUCCUCCUCUUCCUCGGGAAAGAACGAGAAGAAGCACAAGUUGGCGGCGGGCAAGGGGUCAGCGGGGGGCUCCCACCGGGACCCCACGGACAACUGCGUCCCCAACAACCAGCUGAGUAAGCCCGAAGCACUCGUGAGAUUGGAGCAGGAUAUUAAAAAGUUGAAGGCCGACCUGCAGGCCAGCCGGCAGGUGGAGCAGGACCUGCGCAGCCAGAUCGGCUCGCUGGGCUGCGCCGAGCGCUCCAUACGCACCGAGCUGGGCCAACUGCGCCAGGAGAACGAGCUGCUGCAGAACAAGCUUCAUAACGCUGUGCAGGCAAAGCAGAAGGACAAGCAGGCAGUGGGCCAACUGGAGAAGAGGCUCAAAGCCGAGCAGGAGGCUCGAGGCGCCGCAGAGAAACAGCUCGCUGACGAAAAGAAGCGGAAGAAGUUGGAGGAGGCCACGGCGGCGCGGGCAGUAGCUCUGGCGGCCGCGUCCAGAGGGGAGUGCACAGACACGCUGCGGCGGAGAAUCAUUGAAUUAGAAACAGAGUGCAAGAAACUAUCACUGGACAUCAUGCUGAAGGAGGACCAGAUCAGAGAGCUGGAGUUGAAAGUUCAGGAGCUUCAUAAAUAUAAGGAGAACGAAAAAGACACCGAGGUGCUGAUGUCGGCGCUGUCGGCCAUGCAGGACAAGACCCAGCACCUCGAGAACAGCCUGAGCGCAGAGACCCGGAUCAAACUGGACCUCUUCUCGGCGCUGGGAGACGCCAAGAGACAGCUGGAGAUUGCACAAGCUCAGAUCCUGCAGAAGGACCAGGAGAUCAAGGACCUGAAGCAGAAGAUCGCCGAAGUGAUGGCCGUCAUGCCCAGCAUCUCCUACUCGACCGACACCAACAGCGUGACGCCCCACUACUCCUCCAAGUUCAUGGACACCAACCCCUCCGGCCUCGACCCCAACGCCUCCAUUUACCAGCCACUCAAGAAGUGAACGCCCCCCCCCCCUCUCCCGCCUCCAUCCUCCCAUCGUUUUUAUUACCCCCCCCCCCCCCCCGAGCAUUGUUUUUUUUCCUCCGGUGUUCAUUGUUUCCUCCUCGCCAGAUCAGAAGGAUGUUGUAUCGUGUGACUGUAUUUGUUGUAGUUAAAACAAAAGACAAAAGAAACUUUAAACGGACAUCACAUGUCAUCUCGGUGGAGCCGCAGCUUUUUCUUUCUUUCUUUUUCUUCUCCUUCUCUUAAGUGUCAAGUGAAACCUCACAGAAUCGGGUAUGUAUCUUCAUCUCAAGGGUGUUGCUCCCCCCCCCCCCCCACCACCACCACCACCACCAAUGCAACCGCCUGCCGCCACUCACCUGCUCUCUGGUCCUGGGGAAUAGCUUCAUUCUCAAAUUAGGUUGAUUUUUUUUCGCUCCCUCAACCUUGGAAAACAAGAGUUCUCCUUUUAUCACACAGCCUGACGUGCAUCUCAAUUGUUUUUCUCCCGGGAUCGUCCGGUCACGUCUGUACAACCCGAGGAAUGUAGUGCAAAGUUAGCACAGACUCUCAACCCUGUUUUAUAUUUUAUUUUAUAUUUUUUAAGGCACCAGAAUGAACCCUGCUCUCGGCUGCUUUUGGGAACGGUGGUACUUUUUUAUUUUUUUAAGUGUAUUGUGUGGUUCUAUUUGUUCACUCUUUAAGAUUCAAGUGUUGAUUUCAACCAGCUGGAAGUGUUGAUGGCAACAAGUUGGAGAAUAUUUUGUGUUAUAAGAAGAAAACAUAGACCGCAAAAAUGACAUGAACCCAAGCCGCUCCGACAGUCAGUCCUGAAGCGAGCUUUUGAGUUGAGUAGAGUGCAGGAACAGAAGUGUGUGUGUGUGUGUGUGUGUGUACACACAGGUGUAGCGGCUUCUCAUUGCUCGGCAUUGUCUUUCAUCGGUUGUCAUGAUAACAGUGCCUUGAGUUGAGGACAAAGAGAGGAAUGAGAUCACGGCCCAACCCUUUAAUGAAUUAGUCGCGAAACAUCUCGCUGAGCUGGAAACGGAUGAGCAUUUGACCUUUUGCCGAGUGCCGAGGGACAAACCUGCCUUCAGAUGCAGAUGUAUUUUUAGUUUGGGCUGUUUGUCUCCUGCUAAGUGGGAGGGAAGCACCGCGCUGCCCCUUUAAUAAGUCACGUUAACGGAUACCUAAAUUAAUUGUCCUCCUAUUUGCCCGUUCAGUAUGUGACAUGAUGUUAGCCACCACAGUGUAGUGUUUACAUGUCCACCCACAGGAGCUCAUCUCUGCCCCCCCCCCCCCCCCCAUUCCUUUUGAUUUCCCAAAAAAGGUUGCACUUACCGUUUCGGAAAAAAAAGGGAAAAAACAUAAAGAUGGACUGCAAUGUAAACGACGCUACGGGAAUGCAGAUAAAUAACUUUUUAUUUAAUGAAUCCUUCAGUUUGCGUGCCAAGACGCUGGUUCCUCCAGCAAAGUGUUCAAGAAUGUACCGCAAAUACAUUAGUUCUGAUGUGUUGGUCCAGUGUAAUCCCACCUAAUGGAGGUUUACGUUGAGCAGGUAGAGGAAGCGGUCAUCUGUUUGUAGUAGACUGUGUAGUUUAAAGUAAGGGACUUAAAACAUUUUUUUUAAAGAAGUCAUUUCUUUUUGUGAAUGUUACAGUAUUUUCAUCGGUUGGGGACGUGGCUGUUUUUCUAAGCAGUUUUCCUUACUCCUGUUUCUGGUAGUAUUGUUAUUUUCCUGCAGGGAUAAAAAAAAAAUCCAUCAUCAGAAAUGGACAUGUUCAAAUUUUUCGCUCAGAUUGCUGUCGUUGGUUCCUGGGGGAGGGGGAGGGGGAGGGGGGUGUUGUGAAAAUUCCAGUUUGGUUGUUUGCUCAACUGAUUGUUGAGAGUAUAGAGAAGUGUUUGGUUUUUUAUUUUUUAUUUUUUUUAUGCCCACAGUCACUGCUCUUUCUCCCCAGGUCUGACCUUGGCUGUGCUCUCGCUCUGUGAGGUUUACAAGGAAUAAACUUCUUCUUUUUUCUUGCAAUUUGA